CACUCUUGGUUUCUCGGAGUCGAAGAAAGUGCGAAGGGAUAAAGGUUAUUUUUUUAAAAGAAAAGUAAAAUAAAAAAGGCAACUUUCGUACAAGUUCGGUUUGAAUUCAGCGGAGCAGUAAACUUGUUUUUCUUUUCGUCCCCUUUUUUUUGUUUUUUUCAAUUUUUGUGUGAGGAGCUCUUUGCAAAGUGUCCGGCUCCCGGCCACCGCUGCCUUCGAUAGGAAUAACCAUGGUGUACGCACUGUGUGUGCUGGCCGUGGCUGCGGCCAGUGUGAAGCUCGCCACCUCAUUGGGACCUGUGGUCCGCUGCGAGCCGUGCGACAGCCGGGCGCUGUCGCAGUGCAAGCCGCUGGUGCAGAGCGACUGCGAGCCGGUGAGGGAGCCCGGCUGCGGCUGCUGUACGACCUGCGCCCUCCGCCAGGGGCAGCAAUGCGGCGUCUACACCGAGCGCUGCGCCUCGGGCCUCACCUGUCUGCCGCGGGCAGACGAGAGUAAACCUUUGCAAUCGCUGUUGGAGGGCAGAGCACUCUGCACCAACGGGACAGCUAGAGCUCGCAUCUUCCAGAACGUUGCAGGAAAUGUUAACCGUUCUGAGGAAGAAAGGAAUGCCAGUAACUCCGGGAAUGAGUGGAGUCCUAACACACACCGAAUGCAGGAGAGUAAAACUCAGCCUCACAGGAAGCUGCUGAGGAAGGAAGCUUCUAGAAAAUCCCAGCUGUACAAAAUUAACAAUGAAGCAGAGAACACUGAAACUACCAACUUUUCUUCAGAAAUAAAGCAUGACACCGAAUAUGGUCCUUGUCGGAGGGAAAUGGAAGAUAUCCUAAAUAAUCUGAAAGCUGUAUCCAUUCUGAGCCCCAGAGGUGUAUACAUUCCAAAUUGUGACAAGAAGGGUUUCUACAAGAAAAAACAGUGCCGAUCCUCUAAAGGUAGGAGAAGAGGUUUCUGCUGGUGUGUGGAUAAAUAUGGCACUCAGCUGCCCAGCUAUGACAGGAAUGGGGAAUUGCGCUGUUACAGCCUUGAAAGUAAGUGAAGAAGCCUACAGCUCCUGUGGACUCUGCAUGUGUGUGUGAGAGAGAGAAAGAGAGAGCGAAUGACAGACAUUGAUCGAACAGAGACCUCAGAGCAUCUGGCAGUAGGCAUGGACAGCCUGUGUUCCAGAGUUGUGAGAUCUGCUGCCAGCUUUGGUUGGGAGAGGAGGCUUUCUUCAGCCCAGAUGAUACAGCUGAGUCCUGCCACAUAUUCUUCCAGCUCCCUGAAAGAGUGGGAGUUUUCUAAUUCCCAAGAAAUCUGCACUAUAGUUCCCAAGGAAAAGGCACUUCGGAAAGGAAUCAGGGAAUCUCCACUUGACUAUUUAAGAACAGCCUGUGACCAAUUUGAUCCUGACAGACUUUGUGCUCUUAUGUAAAAAUAAUAGUGUAUGCUACUACAUAUUUUGAGAUGUCUUGUUCUGCAGGUCUGAAACAGGAACCUAGCCUUCACGGGUAAAACUUUCUAUAAAAAAUUUUAAAAGGGCUUUUGUUCUUUUUUAAAAAAAAAAGCUUUCAUGUUACUAAAGUCAUAUGAUCUUUCCUUAAAUGAAAUGAAUAUUCUGUUAGAAUAUGGUCUGUAUUUAAUAUAAUUAUGUUUUUUAAUAAACAUUAUUUAAACUGAA